UUUUUAGUAGAACUCAGGGACCCACCCACAUAUAUAUAUAACCUGACAUUACAAGCUCCCAAUCUGCAUCACUGAUACAAGUUCUGUUCUAGUAUUCUCACUGAGACAUUUUCACAAACACCUUCACGACAACCCAUCAGGUGCUCUUGUAAUCAAUCAACCCACCAUGGCUAGAUCUCAACAACGAUACAGAGGAGUUCGCCAGAGACAUUGGGGAUCUUGGGUCUCCGAAAUUCGCCACCCCAUCUUGAAAACAAGAAUAUGGUUAGGCACAUUUGAGACCGCAGAGGACGCUGCGCGAGCAUACGACGAAGCGGCUAGGCUCAUGUGCGGGUCGAGAGCGCGGACGAACUUUGCUUACGACGCAGAAGGGUCGCAGCCGGCUUCUACAAAGCUGCUGUCUGCAGCUUUAAUAGCUAAACUACAUAAAUGUCAUAUGGCAUCUCUUGAACUAGCAAAGAAAACCGUGGCGGCUGAGAAUGAAGUUAAACAAAGCCGACAGCGGUCUCCUUGUUCCCACGACACAGGGGAGUUGAGGGGUGAUUGCGAUCGGGAUGGUAAGAUGGAGGAUUACAAGUCUGCUGAAGAUGAACAUAUAGAACAAAUGAUUGAGGAGCUGCUUGAUUAUGGAACAAUUGAGUUUUGUUCUGUUUGAAACUAUUGAUUAGAUUUUUAAAUUAUAUAUUUUAUACAAAUUAUUUAU